AAAAAAAAAAAAAUAAUUUAUCAUCAUCAAGCCAUCCAGAAUAAAAAGCGUAUUCUUUCCGUCUUAUUCUAAAAUUUCAUAAAUUUUAUAAACAACAGGCCGUUUUUUCUUUUAUUUAACAGCAUUGUUGUUAACCAACCGCUUCAUGUUUUGUUCAUCAAUUGAAAACAGACAUCAAAAGCAGCGUCAACACAUUUUUAGAAAGCGUUUACAGAAAAAUAAACCGUUAUAAAAUUAAAGUUUGCAAUCAUGGAUACCCUUAAUAUCGGAGGAAAUGAGAGGGAUCGAUUUUAUCGAUAUAAAAUGCCCAAACUUAUUUCAAAGAUUGAAGGCAAAGGUAAUGGAAUCAAAACUGUUGUCCCUAAUAUGUCUGAUAUCGCUCGUUCCUUGAGUCGCCCUCCGACCUAUCCAACUAAAUUUUUUGGGUGUGAACUUGGGGCUCAGGUUAAAACUGAUGAAAAAACUGAUCGUUACAUCGUAAAUGGUGCACACGAUGCACCCAAACUCCAAGAAUUGCUUGAUGUCUUCAUAAAAAAGUUUGUUCUUUGCGGUGGUUGUAGUAAUCCCGAGACUGAUUUGAUCAUUACCGGUAAAAAUGCACAUCAGAAAAUCAUCCUUGAUUGCAAAGCUUGCGGUCAAAGAACCGAAGUUGAUAUGCGUCACAAACUUGUUACCUAUAUUUUGAAACAUCCACCCACCCCAAUCAAAGGUAAAGGUAAGAAGGAAAAGAAAAGUAAAAAAAAUGGAGAUGAAGAAGCGGAAUCUCCCACAUCCCCAACUAGAGGUGAUUCAGCAGAAGGAUCUGAAGACGAGUUUACCAAACAUAUUGUUGCUGAAGCUUCCAAACUCCCUACUGCGGAUCAAGUUGCAGACGACGAUAAUUGGGCCGUUGACACUUCUGAAGAAGCUGUCGCUGAACGCUUGAAAGACUUGUCUAUCGACAUGGAAGAUGAUCUUGAACCUCAUGAAUCACUUGACGUAUGGAUAAAAGAAAACCCAGGGGCUAAAAACAACGAUGUUUACAAGAAAAUUAAAGAACUUGGGAUUUCGAAAGAUACUGAUCUAGUUCUGAAAUAUCUUAUUAUUAAUCUCUUCCCUGAGGAUCUUCAAAAAGUUGAUAUUGAAAAGCAAAUUAACAAGAGAGUAAAGUUAUUCCAAAAGUUUGUUACAAGUGCGGAUGACCAGCUUGCUUUAUUAGGAGCUACCGAAGAACUUCUUGCUCAACGUAAAGAGUUAUUGGAAAGCAAGAUUCUUGGUGCUAUUUUAAUGAAUUACUAUCAGAAUGAUUUACUUGAAGAGGAAGUCUUUCAAGCUUGGAUUGGAGGCGCCGCCAAUUCCUCCAAAUAUAAAGGUCUCUUUAAAAGAAAUGUCUCCAUGGCUAACGUCGAUAAAGUAAUUAAUCAAGAAAUUCGUGAAAAGGCUAAACCUUUCGCGAAAUGGCUAGAAGAGGCAGAAGAAGAUGACGAAUGAAGGUCUCUUCAAUAGACAACUACAUUUAACAAAAAUUCCCAUUUCCAUAUUUUUUUUGAAUUUCUCGUGAUUUAUUAUUAUGUUAUUUUUUAAAUAUAUUAUUAUUAUUAUCAUUAUUGUUACUUAAUAAACUCAUUUAUUAUAUAUAAGUGUCAUGUGAU